CCGGGCAGGCGUCUCUUACUGCGAGUCUAGUUGCGGGCGUCUUUCGAAUCGAGCAGUCUUGCAGUUCUCGUGGGAGAUCAUCGCUUCUACUAACCACCGGCAAAGAAGGACAUCGAGCUCGGUUCCUGCCUGUCACAGAGCUGUUGAGACAAGCACAGGUUCAGAAUUCUGUUUCUGCUCUUUGUUCUUUUCUUUACAGGACUUCAAUAUGGAGGAUAUGUUUUGUGCAUGCAACAGUCUGGAGGAACCACCUACUUCUGCUGUCAUGUUAGAAACCCAUUUCUCUCAGGUGGUCUUUGCAAACGUAGAGAAAUUCUAUGUUCCUGGAACAGACAUAACUUGCUUUUAUAACAUUUCCCAGUUCUUCAUGCCUCACAAGAAGGAUUGGGUGGGCAUAUUCAGAGUGGGAUGGAAGACAACUCGUGAAUACAUCACAUUCAUGUGGGCCCCUGAGUUCGGUGAUUCCAAGAACAGAUAUGCUGAACAACAGCAGGUGACUUUUAAAGCCUACUAUCUGCCAAAGGAUGAUGAGUAUUAUCAGUUUUGCUAUGUUGAUCAAGAUGGGCAAAUCCAUGGGGCCAGUGUUCCCUUUCAAUUCCGUACUGAGACUAAGGAUGACAUGCUGGUAGUUACUAAAGAGGGAGAAAUGGAGAAAAUACAGCAGCAAAAUGAAACAUUGCUUCAAGAAAACAAGAACCUGAAGAAGAACCUAGCAAGUCUCCAGGAUCAGAAUAUGCAUCUACAAGAAGAACUUGUGGCGGCUAAGGCUCUUCAAGAUAAAGUGAACACUUUAGAGGACAAAUGUGAGGAACUUGAAUCCCAAAAGAAAGAUCUAGAAAAGGAGAAAUGUGCCAUGAAGGAAGACCUGAUGCAGAUCAAAAAAGAGAAAGAAUCUGCAUUAUAUGAGAAAGAAAAGAUUGGAAACCAACUGAAAACCAUUUGGCAUCAAAAAGAAGAAUGUCAAAUACAAUUGCACAUUCAACAGAAGGAGAUGGAGAACCUGCAGGAGGGAAUUAAAGAAAAAGCAAUGCACCUGGAAGAAUUGAAGGGAGAGAAUUAUCAAUUAAAUGCUGCCUUGUUUAGACAGCAAAUGUUGAACAACAUCCAGGAAGAACAAACACUUGCACUUCAAAUCCUGAAGAAGCAAAAGGAUGAACUAGAGCUGGAAAAUCAGAAAUUAUGGCAAGAAAAUGAGGUGUUGAAGGCACGCCUCCCUGAAACACGCAGUUCAUCUGCUGGAGUCCUAUCCCAGUCACUGCCUAACUCUGCGAUUCUGUUUGGAAAUCCAAAUUCUGCAUCACCAGCAAUUGCUCAAGUGGACCCGGUCUCUCUGAAAAAGUGUCCCAUAUGCCAGGAAGUCUUCCCUAAUGACAUUGAAGAACAACAAUAUUUGGAUCAUGUGCAAAAUCAUAUUCUCGAUUGUCCAUACUGCAAUAAAACCUUUGACAGCGCUGAGAAGCAAGUGUAUGAUGAUCAUGUCUUUUGCCAUAACUUAGACUAGGCUUAAGCCUGCUGGCAUCACCAAAAAUAUUACACUAAUGCUUUUUUUCUUUCCUUUUCCCAUUUCUCUCCUUUGUAUGUUCUGGCAGGGAUAGAUACUAAAAUGCUAAAAUUGACAUACCAGGCUAAAGUCUGUUGUUGGGCCUUAGGUACUGAUUACUUUAAUUUUCUUGUGAUACAUGUGUUAAAUUAAAUAAUACAUUAUGCUUUUGCUUUGGAAGCAGAUUAUCACAUAUUUAAAUCUUAGAUUUAAAAAUAACAUGCUAGUAGAGUAUCUCUACCAUAUGGGCUCCAACACAAGUCUGAAAGUUUAGAAGGCAAAACCUCUGGUCCCUCUGGAUGACCCAGAUUGGAUCCUACAAUAUUAUCCUGAGACACAUAUAUGCACCUUUAUUUGUAAUUUCUAGCUCUGCCAAUAGUAAAUAAUAAAAUUUGCACUUUUGCUUGUGUUGUUUCUGGUUUAUGGCUGUUUAGGCAAAGCAACAAUUAUUCUUCCCAGUUUUAAAAAAAUGUUUCCUAUCUGUUGUCAGGGAGCUCACAAUCAUAUCAGAAGUAACUGAAGACUGAACCCAUUUUUUUUUAAAUAAAGAUUUUUUUUGGGACUGUCCAGCAGCAAAAGUAUUGACUGCGAUCUUGGGGCUCCAAGAUCACACGUCGUGUUGUUGCAACGUCAGCUCCUCCUUCCCCUGAACCCAAUUUUUUUUUAAUGUUACUGAUUGAUAAAGGUACUAACAGAUUUUCACCAGUCUUGUCACUGUAUUGAAAAGGUUAAACAAAAAGGGUCUUUUUUGGAGUUGCAACAUAUAACCAGAAUCUCUUUAUGAUAAUGUAGAAAUGUGCUGCUUUUUAAAAAAAAUUUCUCUCUCUCUCUCUCUGACUACAUUGUCAAAAGGCCACGCCUAUUAUAUA